AUGCAAUAUUUAACUAUUACUUUAUCAAAUAUUUUUAUAUCCUGUUUAUUAUUUUUUCAAAAUGAAUGCCGUUAUCCGUGCCUAAAUGAUGGAGAACCAAUUUUGCUUGGACAAAAUAGCAAUGAAUUUCGUUGUGAAUGCUUGACGGGAUUCUUUGGGCCUUUUUGCGAGUAUCAGGAUACAAGUCAAUCCAUUAAAGAAAAACCGCCAAUUCCUACUUCAACCUCACUAUUCUCUCAUUCAGCCACCAAUAAUCUUGCAUCAAUUACUGCAGGCCAGCAACGUGGAUGGGAAACUACUUUUGUCAAUUUACUUAUUUGUGUAUUUUUCUUGUUGUUAUUGCCUUCAUUAGUAAAACAAUUUAAUAAUUUAUACAAAUAUUUUUUUUUAUUAUUUUUGGUCAUUUAUGCAAUUCGGGUACUUUACUUGUUACUUAAACGAUGUCACACCUACUAUAAUAUUCAUCACCAAACAACAACAGCUACUACUACAAACACAAAUUGUAAUGGAAUUUUAAUUCAACAAAAUAAUCAACAACGUCCAACACCUCCACCCCAUUAUUGGGCAGCAAUGGGUGUUGGAGAUGAAUUAAGGCAACAAAAUAAUGAUAUUAAUGGUCAUCAUCAACAACAACGUUCACUUACUUGGCUUUUGCCUUUAACAGAGAGUGGUGGGGAAUAUAGAAGACAUUUACCUCCAUUAAAUAAUCAACAACAACAACAAAGAAUGCGUAGAAGACGAAGAUCUGUUUCGCCUAUUACUGAAGUAACAGUUCAAUUACCAACAUCUAUUUGUAGAGGACGUCCAAUUCAUUCCUCUCGAUCAGUUGGUGGCCCUAUACCUUUGCACCAAUCCCAAUCAUUAACCCUCGCAGAAUUUCAUGAACUCUUGCUUAGGAUUCAGCAAGAAAUGCAAACACGUCAACAUUUAGAAGGAUUAGAACAACAACGGCAACAACAACAACUUAACACUUCAACAAAUUGGGAGACAGAACAACAAUCAUCAGCAAAUCAACAAAAUUAUCAUAACGAACUACCGAAUAAUUGUCUUUCUACUACUUAUCCAAUUGAACCUCCACCUAGCUAUAAUGAACUAACAAACCAACAAUAA